AUGGCAGCUUCACCGCUGUUACACUCCCUCCCAGUCGGUUACCGUUUUCGGCCGUCGGAAGAAGAACUCGUUUUCUCUUACCUCCUAAACCGCACAUCCGGGCAAGCUUACGCUGCGCGUCCACUCCUUCAGCUGCCCGAGGUUAACGUUUUGCGGUGCGACCCGAGCAGCCUGCCUUCCGACGCGUGCUUCGACGGCGAAUGGUUCUUCUUCUACCGCCCGUCGCAGCACGGCUCGAAGAAAGAACGCUCCGUGAAAUGCGGCGAGACGGUCGUCGGGUUCUGGAAAUCCACGGGAAACGACCACGCGGUGCGCCUCGGUGGGAGUAAGAGCAGCAGCAACAACGGCCAAAAGGCCCCUUCAGACGGCGGCGUAACGGGAAUGAAGAAGAAAUUAGUGUACUAUUCGAAAUCUGGACCGAGCGACCACAAGGGAUCUAAGACGGACUGGAUUAUGGACGAGUAUCGGCUAGAGGUGGAAACCGGAAGCGACCUCGCGGCGUUGGUGUUGUGCCGUGUCUUCAUCAAGGGCAACGUCGCCCCGCCAAACGCGCCGCGUAACCCGCCGUCAUUCGCGCCGGCUUCGCCGAACGUGAGCGCCGCGACGGUCUCACGACCGAUGUCGCCCGCACCGUCGCUGACGCUCGGCGCCUUCGCGGAGCAUGUGACUAUGGCGAAGGGACAAAUCGUGACGGACGAUUACGAUACUGUUAACAGUGUGAUUCAAGCGAAGAAAAUGUCUGCACCAGGCGCGGCGGCUUCUGCCGCGGCGAUGGGUGGCGGCGACGCGGAGCGGUUCGUCGAUCUUCUUCUCGCGAAAGACGAGGUUGAGAGUGGCACGACCGGUGGUGAUAAUCACGGAUGUGCUGAUGACGAGGAGCGCUUGCUGCUAAACACGAUGAUGGACGCGAUUAUAAUCGACGACGGGGAUCGGUCCGACAAAUCUGGAAGCGACGACGUGACUGCAUCGGUGCAGCUUGUAUCGGAGGCUUUCGUCGACUCUUCGGUGGAGGAUUCGGGAAGGUUCGUCUCGGGAAACGGCGCGAGCGCGAUGGAUGCGGAGGGGAGCGGGCAAUUCGGGGGAUUCCAGUCGCAGCACGGCAGCACCACGGACCUACCUGGUGCUUGCAACGGUAACAGCAGCAUGGCGUUCGAGAAGUUAACGUCGGCGAGCUAUGAGAACAUAAGCAUGGCUGAGUCUCAGUGCGCUCCGGCAGCUGCGGGAACCUGGAAAGUUCCUCGCAGUCCUCGAAUGGUUUCCACUGACACUGUCGGCCCAAAUGCUGGCGUAAAUACUGGCGUAAAUGGCGGCGCAACUGGCGGCGCCAUUGGCGGCGCGGCCGCUGCUGCUGUCGCCACGCCAUCACUCGCCUCGGGAUUCUCGGCGGCGGAUCUGGAGCAGCCUAUGUAUCUGCAAGGGGAUGAUGACGUCACCAUCAAGCCCGCGUUGCUGCGUACCCGUCCAACACAGGCAUCUGCGGUGGGGUGGGGGGGAAGUGGGGGCAGGUGGGUGGCGGCAGGUGGGCGGCAGGUGGUUAUGGGCAGUCCAUAUCCCCCCUCUCUUCCCCCCAAAGUGCCUGCCCUAUCUCUCCCAGUCUCCACGCACCUGGCAGUCAAUGAGAACGCGGUCAAAGUUCAAACGCCUCUGGCAGUCCCUCUAUCCCCACCCUUCUCCCCCUCCCUCCCCCCCCUCCUCGCUCUGGCAGUCCCUCUAUCCCCACCCUUCUCCCCCUCCCUCCCCCCCCUCCUCGCUCUGGCAGUCCCUCUAUCCCCACCCUUCUCCCCCUCCCUCCCCCCCCUCCUCGCUCUGGCAGUCCCUCUAUCCCCCCCUUCUCCCCCUCCCUCCCCCCCCUCCUCACUCUGGCAGUCCCUCUAUCCCCACCCUUCUCCCCCUCCCUCCCCCCCUCCUCUCUCUGGCAGUCCAGCAGUCCCUCUUACCCUCCCUUCUCCUCCUACGACCUCCCCCCAACACACACGCACCUGGCAGUCCAUAAGCACGAGGUCAAACGCCUCUCCCCCGUCCACCUCCCCUCGAAUCUGCCUUGUCACCGCAUCCAACGCCUCCUGA